CAGCUGAGUGGCCAGUGGCGGCUGCCGGGAAGAGGAAAGCAUCACAGUAUGGCUGGGGUGUCUGCCCGGAGCCGGGGCUGGUCCUCACUCUGCCGGCUUUACCUGCGUUACAGCGCCCUGAGUCCGAGCGCUGGGACUGGCUGUCAUGGUUGGCGAAAUGCAGCGGGAAGCAGACGCGUUCUGUUUUGGCUGCCUUCAAGUCAUUUGCCCGUUCAAGCACAUGUAAGGCUUUAUUCAGAUGAUCGGAAAGCUGGCGGGGAAUCCAAACAGCCCACUACAGAGGGCUCUGUAAAUAAAUCUACAACAGGACCCGAUCCUGGAAAAGUAGAACAAAUACUUCCUUUCCCACAAAAUCCUAUUCAAGUUAAAGUCAAAGCUGUCUUAAAGAAACGGGAGUAUGGAGCCACGUACAUGAAGAAUAAUUUUAUCACCGGUGUACGAGCAAUGAAUGAAUUCUGCCUAAAACCCAGUGAUCUGGAACCAUUACGGAAGAUACGAAGAAGAAGUCCUCAUGAUGACACAGAAGCUUUUACAGUUUAUCUAAGAUCAGAUGUUGAAUCAAAAGCGAUUGAGGUUUGGGGGAGUCCUGAAGCCAUUUUCAGAGAGAAGAAAUUGAGACAGGAAGAGGAAAUAGCAUACAAAGAAAAUGUAUUUAGAAAUCAGCAGUUGUUAAAGGAAUACAAGGACUUCCUAGGGGACACUAAGCCCCGAUUAAGAGCAACCAGCAUGUUCACGAGUGGACCUGGGAAAGUGGUGAUGGUUGCUAUUUGUAUAAAUGGAUUAAACUUCUUCUUCAAGCUUUUAGCUUGGGUCUAUACUGGUUCCGCAAGUAUGUUUUCAGAAGCUAUCCACUCCUUAGCAGAUACAUGCAACCAGGCACUGUUGGCUUUGGGUAUAUCGCAGUCUGCAAGAAUACCAGAUCCUGGCCAUCCAUAUGGCUUUACAAAUAUGCGUUACAUUGCCUCAUUGAUCAGCGGAGUUGGCAUAUUUAUGAUGGGAGCUGGGCUUUCCUGGUACCAUGGAAUCAUGGGCUUACUUCACCCGCAACCAAUGGAAUCUCUUCUAUGGGCAUAUUGUAUUUUAGCAGGAUCUGUGGUCUCUGAAGGAGCAACACUACUUGUCGCCAUCAAUGAAAUCCGAAAGAGUUCUAGGGCAAAAGGAAUGUCUUUUUACCAGUACGUGCUCCAGUCCCGUGAUCCAAGUACCAAUGUUGUCCUUAUGGAAGAUGCUGCAGCUGUUUUGGGAGUAAUCAUGGCUGCGUCCUGCAUGGGACUGACAUCCCUCACAGGCAAUCCCUAUUAUGACAGUUUAGGCUCUUUAGGUGUUGGGACACUACUAGGUGCUGUAUCUGCCUUCCUCAUCUACACCAACACAGAGGCCCUCCUAGGCCGAUCCAUCCAACCUGAGCAAGUGCAGCGUCUCACCGAGCUCCUAGAGAGUGACCCUGUUGUAAGGGCGAUUCAUGAUGUGAAAGCCACUGACAUGGGAAUGAGCAAGGUUCGAUUUAAGGCAGAGGUAGAUUUUGACGGGCGGGUAGUAACGAGAUCGUACUUGGAAAAGCAAGAUAUUGAUCAGAUGUUAAAUGAAAUUCGCCAGGUGAAAACACCAGAGGACUUGGAAGCUUUUAUGCUUAAACAUGGGGAAAAUAUUAUAGAUACCUUGGGAGCCGAAGUAGACAGACUUGAAAAAGAAUUAAAGCAACGCAACCCAGAGGUUCGGCACGUCGACUUGGAAAUUUUGUAGAAGCAGAAGAAUUUCUAUUCAUACAAUUCAUAGGAGAAGAAAAAAAAAAGACAGCGAUAGAAGCUUCAUUUCAUUUUCCAGUGUGCAUGCUCCAUGACUAAAUUGUAAAUGAGUACAGAUCGCACAGCAAUGCAAAUGCUUUGCUUAAUAAGUCAUGUUUACAAGAGCAUCUUAGAGUCGAUUGUUGUAAAAAUUAUUUGCAGUCUUUUUUUUCCUGAGAACAAAAAAAAACCAACCCUCAUAUUUAUUGGUACUGCUGCCUUACUGAAGUAAACCAUGUUAUUCCAUUUCAUUCCAUCUGCAUAAACGACAUGAUGUCAUAUUUUUAUUUCUGCAUUUUUCACUCCCUUUUCAUGGGGAAAAUGCCUUUUUAUUGAAAAUUGGCUGCAUUAGUUUCAUUCGUUGUGUUGAGGUGGUUAAAAUAAAAGAAUUUUUUUUUUAAUAUUUGAUAUUUUAUUUUUAGAAACUAUUGAUCUGUCCAGAUAUUUUAAUAUUUAGUAGGAAUGCUGCUUAUAAAUAUCCAGUGUGGUCAGUUAUUUUUCAGCCUGCUUAUUAAAAAAAACUGAUCUCUCUGUGAAAUCGAUGUUCUAAGACAAUGCUGGCCAUGUUGAGAAACUGGGUUUGCAUAAGAAUAGAGCAAUCAUUUCCCGAGAGCUUCUUCUCAGAUUACCUAAGAUUUAGACAAGUCAUCUUAUAAGCAUUGUUUUAGAGUUGAUUCCUGUGCCCUGUAUAUCUCCAAUAUCACUUGUAAAUAUUUCUAUUGUCCUUUUGGUUUACUGAUUGCAUUCUUGAUGGGAGAACCAUUUUGUGGGAAUGUUUUAGAUAUUAAGUGAUCUUGUUAUAACUCAUGAUGAAGUGUGGCCUGGGAGUUAUAUAGGUCCCUCCUUGCACGCCGUUUGUAGACUCUAGGAAACUAACACAACUUCAUGGUGUGGAACAUUGGUUGUUAUGUAGUCACAUGCGUGUGGAAUUGUUUAAAAAAUAAA